AUGAUGGUUGGGGCCUUCGGUUCUGGGCUCGUGAAGCUCGCAGGCUAUCGGCAAAACGAAGACUCAUUUGUUGGAAUAACUGGGAAGAAUUCAGUCGAAUGGGUCGUAGCAAUGUUUGCCUGUGCGGAGUACAACUAUAUUUACACUCCAUUGUAUUCAACUCUGGGCAACGAAGGACUGCAACACAUUCUAAAUCAGACUGAGCUGGAAGUCGCAGUCUGCCAAACGUCGGAAGAGGCCGCUCAUUUGAUCAAGGAUUUCUCAUCUUGUCUUAGAUUGGUUAUCAUUUGUCGACAAGAUGAGGCGGGAAAGAAUCUAAAAUCCGAACACACGUCUGCAAUAAGAGUUCUGUUCUUCGAGGAAGUGUUGGGUGCCACACUUCUAUCGGGCGCAAGAGCUGGCAUUGUCACUAAUCCCCCGGAAUCACUUUUGGCAGAUAUUGCUGCCAUCCGACCAACCGUGUUUACUUCGGUACCUAGAGUUCUCAACCGAAUACGUUCGGAAUUUUACAAGAAGUUUCCGAAGUCGACUAAUCUACAAAAACGCUUGCAGCACCUCAUUGAUUCGAAGAAUACUGAGCAGGAAAAGGGAAUUUUCUCCAACAGCAGUUUUGUUGAUCGAAUAUUUUUCAAAAAGUUUCGAAAAGCUAUGGGUGGACGUGUUUCCUUAAUAGUUUCCGCGAGCGCUGCCAUGGAACCGGAUGUGAUACGCUUCUUCCGAGCUGCUUUAGGCUGUCCAGUAGUUCAAGUAUAUGGCAUGACCGAAUUAACUGGUGGUGGUAGUGCCACCCCCAUUGGUGAUUGUUCCUUGGGUUCCGGGGGUGCACUGAUGUACGAAUACCAUGUGAAACUAAAGGAUGUUCCAGAAAUGGGAUUGUUUGUGAAUCGCAAUCAUCGGGGUGAGGUUUGUUUCCGCGGUCCGGGAUGUACAUCUGGCUACUAUCGAGACCACGAGAACACUGCCAAAUUGUAUGACGAACAGGGUUGGUUAAGAACCGGAGAUAUCGCUCAGUGGAACGAGCAAGGCGGUCUUGAAAUCGUGGAUCGAUGCAAAAGUAUGUUCAAACUUGCUCAAGGCGAAUAUAUUGCCCCCGAGAAAGUGGAAGGAGUGUACGCAUUGUCUAACUUGGUCCGGGUUAUCCUCGUUGAUGGGAGCUCAAACGUUUCAUUCGCUGUUGCGAUUGUUUGGCCUGACUUUUUGGAAUUACGCAAAAGUGUUGCCCAAAUGGGAGUGAAACAACCAGCAACAGGGUCCUUGCCGAACAUAACUAGUUCACUGGGAGCCCUAUCGGACGAAGAGUUGUGCUGCAACAUUCACGUCCGACUCUUUGUGUUGAAUCAACUGAACACACUAGCACGCCAACGGAAAUUGAAGGGUUUUGAGAUGGUAAGGGCCAAGAAUGUUUUUCUCACGACAGAGGUUUUCUCGCCAGAAAAUGGGCUGCUGACACCAACUUUGAAAAUUGCUCGAUUCAAGGCCCGAGCUCACUUCCAGGAGGUCGUUAAAUCGCUGUACGCCGAAGGCGAACUGAUACCAAGUGGUCAGAAUGCUGUGUGA